CUUAAACCUACUUAACCUUUACUCUCGCCAUUGCCUUUCCCUCUUUUCCUUCCUCCUCAUCCUCUCUCAGACACUCUCCCCUCAGUUCCCAAACUGUCUCCUCACAUCCUCACAAUGGCUUCUCGCAACUUCACAAAGGCCCUCCGUGGCCCUGCCCGCCAACUGGCUUCUGCUCCCCGUGUUCAGCAGCGAACUUUCGUUGCUGCUGCUCGCUCCGCUGCUCGUGUUGGUGCUGUUGCCCGACCUGUUGCCGCUGGCCCCGUCCAGCAGCAGGUUCGUGGUGUCAAGACCAUUGACUUUGCUGGCCACAAGGAGGACGUCUAUGAGCGUGCCGACUGGCCCCAAGAGAAGCUUCUUGAGUACUUCAAGAACGACACCCUGGCCCUCAUUGGCUACGGCUCUCAGGGCCACGGCCAGGGUCUUAACCUCCGUGACAACGGCCUCAACGUCAUCGUUGGUGUCCGAAAGAACGGAAAGUCCUGGAAGGAUGCUGAGCAGGAUGGCUGGGUUGCCGGCAAGAACCUGUUCGACGUUGACGAGGCCAUCUCUCGUGGUACCAUCGUCAUGAACCUUCUCUCCGAUGCUGCCCAGUCUGAGACUUGGCCCGCCAUCAAGCCCCAGCUCGUUGAGGGCAAGACCCUUUACUUCUCCCACGGUUUCUCCCCCGUCUUCAAGGACCUCACCAAGGUUGAGGUUCCCUCCAACAUCGACGUCAUCCUCUGCGCUCCCAAGGGCUCUGGCCGAACCGUCCGAUCUCUCUUCCGUGAGGGCCGUGGUAUCAACUCCUCUUUCGCCGUCUACCAGGAUGUCACUGGCAAGGCCGAGGAGAAGGCUAUCGCCCUUGGUGUCGCCAUCGGCUCUGGCUACCUCUACAAGACCACCUUCGAGAAGGAGGUCUACUCCGAUCUCUACGGUGAGCGUGGCUGCCUCAUGGGUGGUAUCCACGGUAUGUUCCUCGCUCAGUACGAGGUCCUCCGCGAGCGCGGCCACAGCCCCAGCGAGGCCUUCAACGAGACUGUUGAGGAGGCUACCCAGUCUCUCUACCCUCUUAUCGGCGCCAACGGCAUGGACUGGAUGUACGAGGCUUGCUCCACCACUGCCCGUCGUGGUGCCAUCGACUGGAGCCCCCGCUUCAAGGACGCCCUGAAGCCAGUCUUCAACUCCCUCUACGACGCCGUCAAGGAUGGUUCCGAGACCAAGCGAUCUCUCGAGUACAACAGCCAGCCUGACUACCGUGAGAAGUACGAGGCAGAGAUGAAGGAGAUCCGUGAUCUCGAGAUCUGGCGCGCCGGCAAGGCCGUCCGAUCUCUCCGACCCGAGAACCAGAAGUAAGCGGCUAUUAAUGUUGAAUGAUAAUUUGUGAGCGGGAGAUGGACAUGGGAUGGGAUGCCUAGGAAACGGCUUUUAUGAACCACAUGAACUUUCUGUCUGUACUUUUAAAAAAUUUCCUGGGCUCUGGAGGGGGAUCUGAAAUUGGUCCAAAAGUUGAUAUCAGGCUUGAAGCCAAAACGAAUACCAUUUUUAUUUUACGUUAGACGAACAAAUCCUAUCGGUUCAAUUCGCUGGUG